AUGCUCAGCCUCAUCAUCUUUCUCUUUGUCACCGCUACCCUCGGCCUCGCCGCCCCGAUUGCCAGGCGUUCUGAGUCGACCGACGCGCCCCACCGCUCCGGCCGCUCGCUCGGCGACCUCUCCCCGGGUGAGAUCGCCGGGAUGGUCCUCGGCAUUGUCCUUGGUCUUCUGCUCGUGAUCAUGAUUGUCGCGCAGGCUACCAACGGCUCCCGCAAGAUGUGGGCGCGCUGCCGCGCCAAGCGCGAGCAGCGCAAGGCCGAUCAGGCCGAGAUCGCUGCAUCGAGGGCCCAGCGUGCUUUCGAGCAGAAUGAGGACCUUUCCAGCAAGGAUCGCACCACCGCCUGGCUCGCCGACCGUGCCCGCAACUUCAGCUCGCUGUCCUCGUCCACCAUCGAUCUCCCUGGCACGCCCGAGCCCGCGUACUACCAGGAGCCCAAGUCUCUCGACGAGCAGCUGUUCACGGGAACCGCGCUCCGCUCUUCCUUUGAGCUUCCUCCCCCUGCCUACCCUCAGGAUGAGAUGGCCAAGAGCGAGACCAAGGAGCUCGGCGCCUCCAAGUAG